AUGGGAGCCGUACACGUCCUUGACGACUAUUAUCUCGCCAUCACAUUCCUCAUCACUGUUGCUUACCAGCUUUUCUUCUUUGCCAUCGCCUUCUGGUUCAAGUUCGACAAGGUCACCGACUUUGCCGGCGGUACCAACUUCAUUCUUCUUGCUAUCCUCACGCUUUCGUUUAGCGACAACCGCGGCGAUGCGCGCAACAUUGUAGCGUCGCUUUUUAUCAUGCUAUGGGCUGCAAGACUCAGCGGUUUCCUUUUGUUCAGGAUCUUGAAGAGUGGAAAAGAUGAUCGCUUUGACGACAAGAGGGACAAAUUCUGGUCUUUUCUCGGAUUCUGGGUAUUUCAAAUGUUCUGGGUUUGGACAGUGUCACUACCAGUCACCAUCCUGAACUCGCCCAAGGUCACUCGAUUCAAUCAGCCGGAGUUUGGAACGGGUCGAGACAUCGCGGGCAUCAUCCUCUGGUCUAUCGGUUUCAUUAUGGAGAGCGUCUCAGAUGUUCAAAAGUACAGAUUCCGUACUGCUCAUGGUAGCGACGGCAUCUUCAUGAUUGCUGUAUCUCCCGCAGCAUACAACUACGUUUCGGGCGGCGCGUAUGACGCGCUGUACGCGUCUAUCCUUGGACCCUUCUUUUUGACUUUACUGCUCAUGUUUGUGUCUGGCCUGACAUUGCAAGAACGUCCCGGUGCAAAGAAGAGGUAUGAGAAAGGCACUCAAUGGCCCGAGUAUGAGCGAUACCUCCACCGAACGAGCAUUCUUAUCCCUUUUCCGCCCCAAAUAUACGCCAGGUUGCCGGUCAUUCUUAAGAGAACUAUCUUCCUGGAGUUUCCAAUCUACGUCUUCGACCCUGCGAAGCAUGCGGAUCAAGGUAAGGGGUGGCAACAGCUCAAGGGCGACACAACCAGCAAUCUUCGUGCGUCCCAUUCCUCGCCAAAGCUUCCACAGUCCUCGCAUCUGAGCCGUGUCCUUGUCGGCGAUGACAUUAAAAUGACUACGACACCAAUUCACUCGACAGGCCGCGGAGGUGCCGGCAACAUUGGCCCUGACAUCACCGUCUACACUGACGGAGGCCUCGUUCGCGAAGGCGUCCAAGGCGAGUCUCUCGAUGGCGAUUUCUCCACUGGCCGUGGGGGAGCUGGCAACAUUGGAAAGUCGCCUCGCGUUGGGCCGCAGUCUGACGAAGGCCGUCGGUCGGUAGACAUGGUCCCCGAGAUCAACCAGCGCAACGCACAGGACGAGUUCCACACUGGCCGAGGUGGCGCCGGAAACGUCUAUAAGGAGAAGCACGGCGGCCACAGCUCCUCACCCGACCGCAAGGAUAUGAUACCCGAGUCGAGCGACUCUGAUAGAGGAAUGGUAGUGGCACGAGCCAUCACAAUGGCCUCCAACGAACCCGACGCCGAAGCUCUCAUACACUCUGAUGAUCCAAGCCACCCCGCGAACCACAUUUGCACGCUCUGCGCAAAGUUCUACAACUUGGGCUGGGUGACAGGCACUGGCGGAGGAACGAGCAUACGCCAUGAAGACAAGAUCUACAUUGCGCCCAGUGGCGUGCAGAAAGAGCUCAUGAAGCCCACCGACAUGUUCGUCAUGGACUUCAACAGCAAAGAAUACUUGAGAAGACCACAGGUCCUCAAACCAUCAGCGUGUACCCCCCUCUUCAUGGCUGCCUUUGAACGCGGCGCCGGCUGCUGCAUCCACACCCACUCGCAAUGGGCCGUCCUCGUCACCCUCCUCGUCGAGCGCGACUUUGGAAAAGACGCAUGCUUUGAGAUUGAGGAGAUUGAACAGAUCAAGGGCAUACCAAAAGGCCGGGGGAAGCAGGGCAACCUGGGCUACUACGAUCGUCUGCGCAUACCCAUCAUCGAGAACACGGCGCAUGAAGAGGAUCUGAGGGAGAGUUUAGAGGAGGCCAUGGAGAAGUAUCCGGAUUCGUAUGCGAUUCUUGUGAGGAGACAUGGGAUUUAUGUGUGGGGGGACAAUGUGCACAAGGCCAAGACGCAGUGCGAGAGUAUCGAUUAUAUCCUGCAGCUGGCGGUGGAGAUGAAGAAGCUGGGUCUGCCUUGGACCAAGGGUUAG